ACCAGCUGGCCAGCACUACCUCUCCCUCAACUCCCACCUUUCCUUUCAUCCCGUAGACACUCACAUAGUAGCCACCCUUUUCUUCGAUUCCGUUUACCGUGCCUCUUGGCGUUCAGCCACCCCACCAUGUCGUACCCUGCCUCUGCUUCCACCGUGGCGUGGUCCCAGAGUUACCACGCAGUUCCCGCCCGCACCACCCUCGUCCGCCCUACACCUGCCCCACCAGCAGUAAGUGUGCAGCGCAGCACUGGACUCACUUAUGCAUCAGACUGACCAGAACCUGCAGACAGAAGCAGCUUCCCCCGUAAAACCACCCAAGGUCGAAUGGACACCUGAGGUCCGCGAAUACGUCGGCCGUGCCUUCGAGGCGGAGAACGCUAUCAAGGGCAUCUCGAGGGAGGAUACGACGAAGAAGCUCAAGGAGGUCAUCGGGUUUUUUGCAGAACGGAAACAGCUCGCCAGUGUGACGUGGUCCACAUAUCCCCUGCCUCAACAAAUUCUUCGUGACGAGCGCGCCUCCGCAGCGGCUGAAGCCACCAUGCCCUCCCCCAACGCCGUCACUAACCCUUCAUAUGCACCCACCCAAUCUAAGAAACGUAAAUCACAAGAUCCGGACGAGACUCCCGCCGAGAACUCCAUUCCCCCCUGGCGCAAGACUAAUAACCUAGAAGACCGCAUCACGUUCUCGGGCGGCAAUGAGAAGCGCCACAAGAAAAAUGUUCUUUCUCCCCCUAGUAAGUUUGAUCCGAGCGACCUGGAGAAGCGCAAGCAGCGCUUCAAUUUGGGCAAACCCGCCAACAAUAAGUCCACGCCGCCCUGGGGCUCCGCCCGGAAUGAGUCUGACUCAGACAUGAACUCCGCACCUGUUGUUGGUACAAAUGAUAAGCUCGAGAAGAGCUACUUCCGGCUGACCGCCCCGCCGAAAGCUGAGACGGUGCGCCCACAAGCAGUUCUGGAGAAAACCCUCCAAUUGCUCACGCGGAAAUGGAGGGAAGAGAAGAACUACGGCUACAUCUGCAAUCAAUUCAAGUCGCUGCGCCAGGACCUCACCGUCCAGCACAUAAAAAACGCGUUUACGGUCAAGGUGUACGAACUGCAUGCGCGCAUCGCGUUGGAGAAGGGGGAUUUGGGUGAGUAUAAUCAGUGCCAGACGCAGCUCAAAGCGCUGUAUUCGCAGAAGUUGGGAGGAAACCCCGCCGAGUUCACCGCAUAUCGCAUCCUUUACUUCGUCUAUACGUGCAACAAGACCGACAUGAACGACUUGUUGGCAGAAUUAACCCCCGCAGACAAACUCCAUCCGUGGAUCAAACACGCCCUCGACGUUCGCUCUUCGUUGGCUCUUGGAAACUAUCACAAGUUCUUCAAGCUGUACCUUGAUGCCCAAAACAUGGGCAGCUAUUUGAUGGACAUGUUCAUCGAACGCGAGCGACUCCAUGCCCUCGCUAACAUAUCCAGAGCGUAUGUCCCUUGCCUAUCCAGCGUCGUCAACAGCAAAGGCUAAC